AUGGCAUCUCCAACCUCUCCGAAAAUUUCAUGUUCAAUAUGUGCUAAAUCAAUAGGUCAUUUUACAUGUCGAGGAUGUCAAAAAGAUUUUUGUAUGUGUCAUGCAAAUGAACAUCGUCGACAGUUAAGUGAACAAAUCGAUGAAUUAGCAUUACAACACGAUCAACUUCGAAAUAAUUUAACUGAACAACUAAAAGAAACUGAUAGUCAUCCAUUAAUAAAACAAAUAUAUGAAUGGGAACAAAAUUCAAUAGAUAAAAUUCAAAAAACUGCCGAUAAAAUUAGAACAGAACUACAAAUUAUUAUUUCCAAACAUAUAGAAAAUUUAUCAGUAGAUUUAACAAAAUUCACAAAUGAAUUAAAUCAAGCUCGUGAAGCUGAUGAUUAUUUCGAAACAGAUUUAAAUGAAUGGAUGAAGAAAUUGGAUAUAUUAAAAGAUAAUCUAUUCAAACCAAAAGUUAUUGAAAUUAAUCUAGCUGAUAAUAAUAUUCCAUUAAUAUCUAAACCUUUAAUUUCUAUGUUUUCAGAAGAAAUUAUCGAAAAAGUAGUUGGAAAUAUUCGCAUCGAAGAUAAUGGUCAAACUAUUAUUCAUAAUCAUCAUCAAAAUUGUCAUGCUACAGCUCGUGGUAGCAAUGAACAUACAUGGGGACAACAUCGUUUUCGUUUGAAACUCGAAAAUAUAAAUACUAACAGAUGGAUUUUUAUUGGAAUUAUAAAUAAAGACACAUCUAUGAAAGAAACCUCACACAAAAGUCUAUCAACUUAUGGCUGGGCUCCACCUGAUCAAGUUUAUUUAAAUGGCACUCUGCACACAGGAUACAAAAACUACAAUAGUGAUAUAGAAUUAAAUGAUAUAAUGAUGUUUACUAUCGAUUGUGAUCGGCAAAAAAUUAGUUUAACUAAUGAACGUACACGUAGUACAUGGGUAAUUGAUAUAGAUUUGAAUAAAUGCCCAUAUCCAUGGCAACUUCAUUUAAAUCUACAUAAUGCCAAUGAUCGUAUACGUAUUCUUUCGAUAUAA